AUGAUAAUGCAAGAUCUGUGGCGCGAAGACCUCGCAUGGGAUGACUGCGUGUCUCCCGCGUCAGUCCACCAGUGGAACGAAUUCACGACGCAACUCCCGUUGUUGCGGAAGCUGCACAUACCACGGAUGGCUGCUCCUAGUGCCCCGACCACUAUACGCAUCGAUGGAUUUUGUGAUGCGUCGCUGAAGGCAUAUGGUUGCGUAUUCUACGUAACCUUCACGGACAAUCAGGGCAACCAAACGACACGCUUGUUGUGUUCAAAGGCUAGAGUAGCACCGCUGAAGACGACGACGUUGCCACGUUUGGAGCUGCAAGCCGCCCUGUUGUUAUCCGAGCUCUACGUGAGAAUUCGAGAUGCCUUCGACUCCCGUGUCAAGGAAACAUACUGGUGGUCGGAUUCGCAAGUAGCUUUGUCUUGGAUACGAUCCGACAACACUCGGUGGGACGUCUACGUGAAACACCGAGUGGCCAAAAUCCAGGUGGUUACUGCAACCGCGGACUGGCGAUACGUACCCACCAAGCUUAACCCUGCCGACAUAAUCUCCCGUGGGAUCUCGGCGAGGAAGCUUAUACGUCCAGAAGUGAUGGCCUUCUGGCUAAACGGCCCCACAUUUCUGAACUCGGGCUGUGAUGCAUUCCCUGAACCAACAACACCAGAUGAAGCAGUCGCAGCAGAGUUAGGAGCAGUGCAUUCUCAGGCCUCGGUCUACGUGGCUACCGUGGGACCCGAAUGCGACGACUUGAUUUCGCAGUACCGUCACCACUGCUCCUUCUCGAAAACACGCCGACACUUCGCCUGGCUUGGACGGGCGGUCAACAAUUUCAAGGCAGGCAUGGCCUCGCAACGCGCAAUGAACCCCGGUCUGGUCCCUACGUACGGACCAUUGACUCAUGCUGACCUGGAGGAUGGCCUAGUGCGCAUUCUGCGAAGGAUGCAGGCGACCGCCCAUCCCAACGAAGUGAAUGAGAUGCUGACGAAAGGAUGCAUCACACCGACGAAACGCAUGCAACAUCUUAACCCCGUUUGCGUAAACGGAUUAAUCUACGUGCAAGGACGAUUGCAGAAUGCGGAACUUGCCGACGGCGCCAGGCUGCCGAUCCUUGUCCCGAAGUCCCACCCGUUCUCGAGGGUGAUGAUCCGGGACAUCCACGAGAGGAUCUUCCAUGCUGGAGUCUCAUUGGUAAUAGCGGAGUUCCGAACGCGUUACUGGAUGCGCGACCUGCGGCGGACGGUGUUGGGAGUGCUUGCUCGAUGCGUUCCGUGCGCAAAGGCUCGCCCACGCCCAUUCGCUCAACAAAUGGGCCCUCUGCCGGAACCCCGAGUGAACGCGUCGCCACCGUUCACACACACCGGCGUCGAUCUUUGUGGGCCAUUUGUGGUGCUCCCCGGUUUUAAGGGCCAUCGCAGCAUCGAUGUCUACGUGUGCAUCUUUGUCUGCUUCGCGACGAAGGCAGUACACCUUGAGGUAGUGGAAGAUCAAUCCACGCAGGCCUUCAUCUCGGCUCUCAUGCGCUUCGUGUCGCUACGGGGAAAACCGAGUGUAAUCCAUUGCGACAACGGUCGCAACUUCAUCGGUGCAGCCAGGGAACUGCAGCGAAUACGCGAUGCCUUCACCAACGCCGAGUUCCAACACAGCAUCAUCGAAAGGGCCGCCGAAGAAGGAAUGCGCUUCGCCUUCAUCCCCCCGCGCAGCCCUAACUUCGGUGGUCUAUGGGAGGCAAACAUCAAGGUGGCCAAGCGACUGCUAAAAGCCGCCGCCCACGGUGCGCAGUUAAGGAUGAUUGAGAUGCAAACUUUGAUGCAUCAAAUCUCAGCAAUCCUUAAUUCCAGGCCUCUUACUGCUGUCCGCACGGCACCCGAGGACGUCGAGCUCCCCUGCCCAUCGAUCCUGUGGUUCCUGCUACGUGCGGCGACCCUGGCGAUCCUGCGGUUCCUGCUACGUGCGGCGAUCCUGACGAUCCUGCGGUUCCUGCUACGUGCGGCGAUCCUGACGAUCCUGCGGUUCCUGCUACGUGCGGCGAUCCUGACGAACUUGUGGUUCCUGCUACGUGCGGCGAUCCUGACGAUUCUGUGGUUCCUGCUACGUGCGGUGAUCCUGCAGAUCCUGUGGUUCCUGCUACGUGCGGCGAUCGUGCCGCGACGGCGGGACAUAGGGACGACGAGCCUACAGCAGGCGUUUGGGACGGACGACUCCGUCCCAAAGGGGGGAGGAUGGUGCAGUACGAACGUGUACUGCACGAAUAAGUGGGCUCCACCGCAACUACAACUCUGA